UCUAACCAGGAUCUCUAGUGGCACAGCUAGCACUGCGAUGCAGUGCCUUAGACCACUGCGCCACUCAGGAGACUUUUAUGACAGGUAAUACCAUCUUGGACACCACUAUGGUUUCAAAGGUUUACACAGAGGACUUUGUGCUAUUUCAUCAACGGAACAGCAUGUUUAUCUAUUUCCAUAUCUUACUGGAGGGGGCCGUGUACACAGAGAUCACCUAUGAGGUGUUUGGAUACUGCAAGGACAUGGACACCACUCUCACCAGCCUAUCAGUGCCUUUAGUUCUACUGGUGGUCGAAUCCUGCUCUGCAUUAGAAGGGAUCCUGGUACAGUAACAAAGAAGCGACAUGCAGGCCAGCUCCAGGCAUACCCAUGUGACAAGAGGAUGUUCAAUUGAUUGGACAUGAUUUGGAAAGGC